AGCUGUGGAUUUACUGAUAAACUUAACUGCAGUCCAGACUACUUGAUCCACAUUGGACUGUGGGUGACUCUCAGGGAGAGUUUUACUGCUUCAUUGUGUGAGAGAAAGGACUUUUCUUUGAGAUAUGACUCUGAAAGGAUUCAUAAGCAGACCAUCACCUUUUCCUAAGAGAGGACUAUACUUUGAAAUACUUUGAAUAAAUAUUUUUUUCUAACAUUAGUUGAAUAAUAAAGGGGUCUUUGCACUGUGUUUGCAACCUUUAUUAAAACCUUUUAAAAGUUGAUCAAACUUUUUUGGAGUUGGAUCUGCUGUCAUGGCUUUGGGGGGACACUGCUCCUUUUGCUGGUGGGUUUGGGGAUUCACUCUGGUAUAUCUCUUCCAGCCUUGCAACAGUCAGCAUGAUCGAGGAAUUUCCAUCCCUGAGCAUGGCUUCUGCCAGCCCAUCUCCAUCCCCCUGUGCACUGACAUUGCCUACAACCAGACCAUCAUGCCCAACCUGCUGGGGCACACCACCCAGGAGGACGCCGGGCUCGAGGUGCACCAAUUUUAUCCUCUGGUCAAAGUCCAAUGCUCCUUGGACCUUAAGUUCUUCCUGUGCUCCAUGUACGCACCGGUCUGCACCGUUCUAGACCAGGCAAUCCCUCCCUGCAGAUCUCUGUGUGAGCGGGCUCGGCAGGGCUGCGAGGCACUCAUGAACAAAUUUGGAUUCCAGUGGCCUGAGAGACUGCGCUGUGAGAACUUUCCCAUCCAUGGGGCAGGAGAGAUCUGCGUCGGUCAAAACACCACCGAAACCGAGGGCCCCACCUCGGACCCCACCCCAAGUCUUUCUGAGCUUGUGACCUUUCCUCCAUACAUUUGGGGCAACCAGCCUUUCUUCUGCCCCCUGCAGCUCCAGGUGCCCUCCUACCUGAAUUAUCACUUCCUCGGAGUGAAGGACUGUGGCUCCCCCUGUGAGCCCUCCAAACCCAAUGGGUUGAUGUAUUUCCAAGAGGAUGAGCUAAAGUUUGGGCGGCUCUGGGUUGGAACCUGGUCUAUUCUAUGUUGUGUCAGCACCCUUUUCACUGUCCUCACCUAUCUGGUGGACAUGAAGCGGUUCCGAUACCCAGAGAGACCAAUCAUCUUCCUGUCAGGCUGCUAUUUCAUGGUGGCGGUGGCGUACAGCGCUGGCUUCCUGCUGGAGGACCAAGUAGUGUGUGUGGAUAGGUUUAAAGAGGAUGGCUACAAGCUGGUGGUUCAAGGCACCAAGAAGGAGGGUUGCACCAUCCUGUUCAUGAUCCUCUACUUCUUUGGCAUGGCGAGCUCCGUGUGGUGGGUGGUCCUUUCUCUCACUUGGUUCCUGUCUGCUGGGAUGAAAUGGGGUCACGAGGCUAUUGAAGCAAACUCGCAGUACUUCCACCUGGCAGCCUGGGCGGUGCCAGCGGUGAAGACCAUCACCAUCCUGGCUACGGGACAGGUGGACGGUGACCUGCUCACUGGUGUCUGCUACGUGGGGAUCUACAGCGUGGAUGCACUGCGUGGUUUCGUGCUGGCGCCUCUGUUUGUCUACCUCUUCAUCGGAACUUCUUUCCUGCUGGCUGGCUUUGUAUCACUCUUCCGUAUCCGCACCAUCAUGAAGCACGACGGCACAAAGACCGAGAAGCUCGAAAAGUUGAUGGUGCGAAUUGGUGUGUUUAGCGUGCUGUACACAGUGCCUGCCACCAUUGUCAUCGCCUGCCAUUUCUAUGAGCAGGCCUUCAGAUCGCAGUGGGAGGUAACCUGGCACAUGCAGACCUGCAAGCACUUUGCUGUGCCAUGCCCAGCAUCAAACUUUGCAUCAAACACGCCAGACUUCACCGUCUUUAUGAUCAAGUACUUGAUGACCCUUAUUGUGGGCAUAACAUCAGGGUUCUGGAUCUGGUCAGGGAAAACUCUACAGUCGUGGCGUCGUUUUUAUCAAAGACUGAUCAAUAGCAGCCAGGGAGAAACCACCGUGUAGUACCGAAGAAAUUAAAAACCUCUAACAGCCUGAGGUUGAUGGACUACUUGAGGUAAAGGAGACAUUAGUUUAGUGCUCAGUGGAUCUUUGAGUGUUUUGGAUCUCAGUGUACAUACAUGUAAGAAACUGUGUCAUAAAAUAGAAAAAAACUUCCUGAAAAUCUGACGUCCACUUCAUCUUUUUAACUUUUCAGACUCAAACUGGAUUAUCAGCCUCUGAAAAACUCAGUGACCUUUUUAUUUCAUGGGUCUGCCAUGGAUCUGGAAGUUUCCUGUUCUCUCUCUCUCAUUUUUUUAGAAGAAGGAAACAAACGAAGCAAAAAACAAAACAAAGCAAAACACCACUUUGAUCUAUGGAUAAACCUGAUUCAUUUGUCCAAAUCUUAAGAUGUGUUUUGUCCUCCCAAAAGAUCCAAAAGCCUUAAAUUCAUAUUAAAUAUUUCAUUUUUGUUCAAAGAUACUGGCAACAAUUUCCUCCAAAUUUCCCUGUAACUGAUUUCAUGAUUAAUAGAUUCAUUAAUUAGUUAUGGAUGGUUUAGUCUAUAAACAAUUGCUUUGUCUUGUUUGGUUUGCCGGUGGUUGAUCUGGACCUUCAUUUCAUUGCAUAUAUCGUUACAAGUAAAAGUGUUGCAUUCAAAAGCCUCCUUAGAUAAAAGCCAAGGAUGGACUCCAACUGUUCUACAUCAAUGAUGAUGUGGUUGGUUUUUUUUUUGUUAUUGUUGUUUUUUUUAAUAUGCUAUUUAUUUCCCUAUUUUGUUCAAAGAAAGCUUUACUAUAUUAACAUUGUAGAAACAUGAAAUAGGUUGUCGGAAUAACAACAAAAUUACAAAUGAGAGUGGUAAAAUUCAUAGAAAUUUAAAUUCAGUCCAAUUAUAAACUCAGCAGUUAUAAGAACAGCAGAAUAAACAUAAAAAAGUUUUUUUUUUGUCAUUUUGAUUUUUCUUUCUGUAACAGUGGUGUCAUGUGAUGUCGCCUUCUCUAAAACACAAACUCUCCCCGUCAGGCUGUGGCAGGGUUAGUUCAGCGAGAUGACAGGAAGACCAAGUUUUAACAACAAAAUCAGUAAAACUGAAUCUUUGGAAACAGCCUUGCACCAAAACUUUUUUAAUUGAAAAUUAUAGAUGCUUGAUGUUGGGAUAUGGGGGUUGAUAAUUAAAUAAAUGUUUUAUACUUAUUAUGUUUAUAACACAAUAAAACUGCGUGGAGGGGCAGACUAAAGCAAAAACAGAAUAAUAAUAUAAAAAUUCAGGGAAUGUGGCUGAAUUCUAGACCACUGUUCAUGGAAACUAAUAGAAGGCUAACCGGUAUGUGUUGAUUGUGGCUGUCACAAUAUCAGAAUAUCACUACAUCAUUUAUUCCAUGUUUUUGGCAACUAAAUAAAACUUAAAGAGCAAUUAUUUGGAUUCAAUGUAAGUUCCUGGCAUGAUAUUAGUGUUGUAUUUUCUGCCAUCAUAUUCAGUAUAUAGCAACAGCCAAGAGUGUGAAGUUCAACUGUGAUCCUUAUUAUUAAUGCAGACAUUUUGGACUCAUCAAUCUGUCUCAAUACUGCAUUUUGAAAGUCUGUUAUAAUAUAUAAUAUAAUAUACAGGCAUAAUUUUUAAUGACACUAUUUAAAGACUUAUACUAUUUUCGU